CAUUAGGGGGGGAAGAUUUUUUGAGCAAAAGUUUAAACCUCCUUUCCCCAUGCACACUAGUCCCAAUUUGGAUUAGGGGCAAAUGCAUUAACUUUUGAGUAAACGAAAACAAGAAGGAGCUGCUUGCCAAAGAAUUGAUGUAGCAUGUAGUUUGAUUCUCAGUCUUCGCUUUCUGUUCCUCUUUUGCACUCCUGUUACCCAAUUACUGCUAGCUUUACUUCAGAGCUCCAAGGCUAUUGUUAUACCUCUGUCAAUCUACCAUGAUAUCUUGGAUUUUCUGUACAGAUAGUGAAAGGAAAGCAUAAGGAUCAAUAUGAAGUGCCUUGGUGCUAAGCCAAAUGAGUCCAAAGGUGCUUAGGUCUAUUCCUGAAGGAAUGUAUGAUGUAAUACUCAUGAAGCGAAUACCACUGGUUUCCACUGAACAUACUGCAAAGGAAGGGAAUUUAGGAUUUAGCCUCAUAGACUAUAGUCUACAUGUCCUCUCAUGAGGCAGAUAUUGGAUUUCUAAUUCCAUAUUUACCCCAUACCACCAAUAUGAGGUUGACUUGAGAGGGGGGGGAAAUUUGCAGUGAAAAAUCCAAUAAGCAGAAACGUAGACUCUCUCAUUCACUGGUCUUCUCUUGAAAAUCUCCCACUACCUGUCAAUUUUUAGACUAUUGCCCCUUUCCUUCAUCACAAUAAAAGGGGGUUGGGGUGUCCUUGGUAUGUUUGCAGGAGUAAUUAAGUCUGAGAAGGUUUGAGGACCUCCCCUGUGAGUGCCGCCUCCUCAUUUGUUUUACCUCAAGAAGUCAAACCUUGGGAGCACCUAUUUGCUGAGGUAGUGUAUCCUUCUGCCUUUAGAUGGAUCAGAGAUGCCAUCAAGGCAAGUCUUUGGGGCAGAAGUCCAGGGUCCCACUCAGCAGAAUGAGCAGGAGGGCCCCCAAACACAGCAGGGCUGCCAUACAUCAAAAUGUGGUAAGUGAAUUUGGAUGAAGAUGAGACGCCACAAGCUCUUUUUGACUCUGUGCAUGGCUGGUCUUUGCCUCAUCUCCUUUCUACACUUCCUGAAGGCCCUCUCCUAUGUCACAUUCCCCAGGGAACUGGCAUCGCUUAGCCCCAACCUGGUCUCUAACUUUUUCUGGAACAAUGCGCCGGUCACUCCUCAGGUCAGCCCCGAACCUGGGGGUCCAGAGUUCCUUCGAACACCACUGUAUUCCCAUUCCCCGCUACUCCAGCCUCUGUCUCCAAGCAGAGCCAGUGAGGAGCUCCAUAAAGUUGAAUUUGUACUGCCUGAAGAUACGGCAGAAUACUUUGUACACACUAAAGCCGGCGGUGUCUGCUUCAAGCCAGGCACCAAAGUGUUGGAAAAGCCAAUGGCGGGCAGGCCAGAUGAGAAAAUAGAAGGAGCUGCUUCAGGGCGCAUAAGCCGGAAACCUCUAAGCACCAAUGGGACAAAGCGGCGUAAAUGGGUGGAAUGCGUGUGUCUGCCGGGUUGGCAUGGGCCCAGCUGUGGUGUGCCCACUGUGGUGCAGUACUCAAACCUCCCCACUAAAGAUCGUCUGACCCCACGUGAAAUACCCCGGAGAGUCAUUAAUGCCAUCAAUGUAAAUCAUGAAUUUGAUCUCCUGGAUGUCCGUUUCCAUGAGCUGGGUGAUGUGGUGGAUGCCUUUGUGGUCUGUGAGUCAAAUUUCACUGCAUAUGGUGAGCCACGGCCACUCAAGUUCCGUGAGAUGCUGCUCAAUGGCUCCUAUGACUAUAUACGCCACAAGGUGCUCUACGUCUUUCUGGACCACUUCCCCCCUGGUGGGCGCCAAGACGGUUGGAUUGCUGAUGACUACCUGCGCACUUUUCUUACUCGAGAUGGCAUCUCUCGCCUCCGCAAUUUGCGACCUGAUGACGUCUUCAUCAUUGAUGAUGCAGAUGAGAUCCCAGCUCGUGAUGGCGUACUCUUUCUCAAACUCUACGAUGGUUGGACAGAACCUUUUGCUUUCCACAUGCGCAAGUCUCUUUACGGAUUCUUUUGGAAGCAACCUGGCACCUUGGAGGUAGUUUCUGGUUGCACAGUGGGCAUGCUCCAAACAGUUUAUGCCACAGAUGGAAUUCGCCUACGCCGGAGAGAGUACUAUACCAUGCCAGGCUUUCGGCAGUAUGAAAACAGCACUGGUCACAUCCUGGUGCAGUGGUCACUGGGCAGUCCGCUGCACUUUGCUGGCUGGCACUGUUCUUGGUGUUUUACUCCUGAAGGAAUCUACUUCAAACUGGUAUCAGCCCAGAAUGGUGAUUUCCCCCGCUGGGGUGACUAUGAGGAUAAGCGUGACCUUAACUACAUCCGGGAGCUAAUCCGGACUGGGGGAUGGUUUGAUGGCACCACCCAGGAGUACCCUCCUGCAGACCCCAAAGAACAAAUGUAUGCCCCAAAAUAUCUAUUGAAGAACUAUGAGCGGUUUAGUUACCUAUUGGAGAACCCCUACCAGAAAACAGAGGGGGCUGGGUGAAGGGAGCGGGGCUUGCAUGAGCAAAUGAGACCUUAUGGAAAAACGGGACAGCGAGAUGUUUCUUUUGUUCUUCCUUCCUCCCCCACCCAUUCCUGCUGGGGAAGUGUAUGUCCUCUCCAGUCUCUGUCUUCCCCAUUCCUGAAAAGAGACUUGGGUGUGGAUGUGCGAGGGCAAUUCCUAGUCAUGUGAAUGAGGACCAGAGGAAGUAGGAACCAGGCCCAAGAACUAGCAGGAGGUAUGGCUCCUUUGCCUCUCAUGUAGGUUGGAAGAAAGAAUCUUAUGCAGAAAGCACCUCUCUAUGUGAUAGGAGAAUAGAUAGGAGCAUGCAGCUGAAUGAGUGAGGGUGUGAAUGUGUCAGAGCCUCUAUAAAGUCUUGGCACUUGAGAUAAGGAUGGUACUGAAUCCCCCUUUUGAAAGCCAAUUUGGUUCUGAGUCAUUUGAAAUCAGUGACUCUUCCAUGGGCUCUGUUGUCCUUUAACAUAGACACUGCAGAAAGGAUAUAGGUGUAAACUCUUCUUGCCUUGGUGGUUUCACAGCAAAUGAUGAAGCUUGGCCAAAGAGCACACUGACCUAGGUUACAAUGUUCUUAUUUGUAGCUGGGAACAGAGGAUUGGCAAUUUCAAUAAAAGGGUGUGUGUGCAAGAACUUUUGUAGUUGACAACAGGAGUUGUGCUCGUCUCGGAUAUGUAUAUUUUUGCCAUGUGUGUUUUAUUACCCACUGGUGUAGUAUGGGUGCGCACAAAAAAAUGGGAGCAUGGUAGCACCAAAGAACUCUGCUUUCCUUCUCAUGUUUAUGGACAUUCAGGGAAAUUCUACAAACUGGCAGGGUAUGAACACUGAAAAGUGGUGUGAUUUUGCUCAGUAAAUGGAAGUUAUGGGUUGCCAGCCUCUGAUGUGGAAGUAAGAGGGCUGCAAUUUACAAGGGACAGAUUAAUUUUAGAAACAUUUCCCUCUUCCACCACAACAAAAUGUGAUGUUUACAUUUUCUUCUGAAAUGGGGUGCAUGUAACGCUUCAUAUUGCUUCUAAGGAAAGGAGACAUUGGGAUGUUAAUGCUCUCAUGUCCAUCCUACUACUUCUGGAACAGAAGAAGUGUAAAGGUACUUGGCUCUAUGAUGCCGCCAUUUUGAGGAUAAUGCUGUAUUGUUAGUCUAGCUUUUGCAUACCCACUGAGGAAGGAGGUUGUAUGUUUAAUGGGAUUGAUUUAAAAACCUAUGGUUACACCCAGGUGCCAAGCACUUAAUAUUCAGUGGAUAUUUGCAUCCUUUCCCCUUCAGUGAAAUUGCUCCAGGGUGACCCCCACAUCACUUUAUGGAGUCAGUGUCUUUUCAAUCAGGGUGAAAGGUACUGUAAACUUCAUGUCGAGUUUGCUGCUAAAGAAAUAUAUGAAACAGUGAGCCACUGCAUUAAGUGCAAGAAAUGGUGAAAUACGUGCAGUUAGAGUAGGAACCCAUUAUUCCAAAAAGUGCUCUUUGCCAGUGGAACAAUGUGUUAACUUUUUAAUUCUUCCCCAUUCUAGCUUCCUUUACUUUUCACAUUCUUUUCUGCCCUCAUAUAUGCCCCUUGACUCUUCUAAAAGACACAGAAAGUGCUGCAUGUAUGUCUGCUUUUCCCAACCCAGUGCCAUCCAGAUGUGCUUGGAUGGUGUAAAAAGCCAUCCUGCAGAUUUGCUGGAGCAUGAAUGCUCCAGCCCACUGUCUUGUAUUGUAGUUGCAAUUGUCCCCAGACAUACUCUAGCUUACCUGACCUAUAGGUUCCAUGUAGCAAGUUGGCACUCUGCCAUUUCCAUAUGACAGAACAUUAAGACCUAACACUCAGUUUUGGUGCCCCAGUUGGUCUUGUGGACAAUCUUUUACAUAAAGUAAGAGCUUCUUUUCUAGCUUUCUAGAAUAGAAGUUUGAACCAUAAGGUGGUAGGUUGUACUGUUAGCAUUCAUGCUUCAGCCAACUUGCAGGAUGGCUCCUUCUACCAUCCAAGCAUUCUGUUAUGUAAAAAUAGCAUGUGUAGAUUGAUCUAUACACCUUUAAAGUGGAGUAAACUCUUUUUUUGACAACACACAGCUUAAAGCAGCAUUCAGCUUGAAGGCUCUGCCCUCUUAGCUGAGAUGGUGAAUCGUUAGGCUUGCUUUGCUGCCUUUUGCCUUGUGUACCACCAACAUGAAGCACUUUUGGUCAGUACUAUACUUUCAACUCUGUAUACAUUAUCCCCUUGCUCUAUCAAAAUGUCAAACUGACCUGCAGAUUGUGCUUCACCGUUAGGGGAUAAGGAUUGUGACUUGCACACAGCAUGCCCUGGAAAAGAUUGUUUUAGAAAAUGAUGGUGCCUUAUAGAGCAGCCAUCAAGUUGCUGGGCUAAAGUGACUACCUAGUAUUAGCAAAGAAGUAAAUGGGAAUGAACUGGCAUUAGUGAAACAUUAUGGUCCCCAAGACUACUACAUGGGAUAGGGAGAAAGCAUUUUCUUUCAUUCUUGGGAGGAAAUGAGAGCUAAAACUCCAACAUCCAGUUUGGGGACCAUUCUAUCACUAUUAUCAUGCUGGUUGUAACAGAGAUAGGACUCGUACCAUCCUCCAGAGAUUACUGGUCUAGAACCCCCAGUAUUCCUCAUUAAUGGCUAUGUUGGCUAGAGAUGCUGGGAAUUGCACUUGAUUCCCUUUCUUUGAUUAGAGUAUGCUCCUUUAUUUCUAGUAUGCAUGUAGAGAGGUGUAAGCAGCACUCAAACUCAAACUUAAGUCAUGAGCUGAGACUUUUGAGGCUCUGAAUUCAAAUCAUAGAAAAGUGCCCAGUCAAGGAAUGACACAGCUUCACCAUGCUCUCAUACUAGGCUGUUUCUUUGCCAGAAUGCACUCCGUCCUUCCUUGCACCAGCUCAGCUGACUGUUCAUUUUGGUCCCUGCACUUGCUUGACAGGGUGUGCUUUGUGUGUGCCUCUAGGACUGGCUUUCACAAUUAUCACUCAUGAAUUCUUAAUACAGUACUCCCAUCAGUGCAGUCUCUAGGCUCCAUCUGUCUCUGAAGCACAACACAGGCAAUUCCUAGCCUUGCCUUUCUUCUUUCUACAACUCUGUAGCCCCCCUCCCCUCCCCAUUCUCUUUUCCCCCCACUUCCUUCGUUUUCUCCCCUCCUCCACUUGUGUGCAAGGAACAGAUCCCAUUGUAACUGGAUAAGUUAACACUGAAUUCCUUUGGGACUCUGAAAGGACUCUUUGUUCUGCUCUCCUUCUUUGGCUGCACCAAAGUGAAACUUGAAACUGACCCUCUGUUGGGGAGGAAAAGGAGAAUUUUACAGUAAAGGCUUUGCUUCUUCUUUUUUCUUUUAAAGUCACUAUUUGCAUAUGGUGGCUUCUUUUUUAAAAGAACCCCUUCCCAUUUAAGGAUUGUCUAUUUAAUUAUUUAUUAUGUAGCUAGAACAUAGACCCACAGAACUGACAUUGAGGAACUUUGCACUAUUUUUUUUA